AUGGAAGCCAACGGCGGCGUUGCUAAUCCUUAUUACACCGGUCGAGCCGCUCAUGCAGCUGCUGAUCCCGGCAGCCUUAUUAAUCACUUCAAUGGAUUGACUCUCGGCAGCUUGAGCAUGCCUAGCAAUGCCGCUCCUGUCCCAAUGGGACCGGGUCAUGCGUUCAUGGUCAACUCGGACAGCCAAUUCGUCCUCACGCCUGUGCCAACUGCGCAACCCAUGGGCCUUGGCCAUUCUAAUGAGAACCCUUAUCUCAAUUAUCCGGGUGCCGCAGGCGGCUAUGGUGCCUCCUAUGUUGGCCUUUCGAUGCCUCUUAUGCCCUUUACCCCUGGCCGCCCAGGCACGGCCCAGCCUCGUGCUGAUCGUGGCCAUUCAGAUGUUCCGGGUCUUGAGAAUCGUCGCGGUUCUUACUCUACGACGGAGUCUGCUCCUGCCACCCCCUACUACGGCGGUGCCUUCUCCAUUGUCCGCGAUUAUCCCCCUCGUGUUGCUAGCCUUGAUCGGUCUUCAUACACGACCCCGUCUCCUAAUGCUACGGGCCUUGCACCCAUUGAGACCACGAAGCCAAUUCCCAUGGUCAUUUCGGAUCGCACCAUUGAUGAGCUCCUCAAGAAAGAUCCGGCCAUUCCCAAGGCGGUUCCAGCUGUCUUCACUCCUCCAGGCCAGAUGAAGACUCUUGAGCAAAGUUUGGAGAAUCGCAUUCCCGGUAACCGCAACGUGUACAUUCGUGGUCUUCAUCCCACCACGGACGAUGAGCUGCUCUACCAUUUUACUUCUCGCUUUGGUGCUGUUGAGACGUCCAAGGCCAUCAUCGACACUAACACUGGAGCUUGUAAGGGAUUUGGUUUCGCCAAGUUCUACGAUGUUCGUGACUCUGAACUGUGCAUUCGGGCCUUCCACCGCCUCGGCUACGAGAUCGGCUUUGCCCGGGAGUCGUUCAAUUCUCGGCUCAAAGCUGAGGGUGAUGACGGUUCAACUAACCUUUACAUCUCCAACCUGCCCAAGAGCCUGAACGAGAUGGAACUCGCCACUAUCUUCCUUGGAUACCACAUUCAGUCCAGCAAGAUCCUUCGCGAUAGCAUGGGAAACAGCCGUGGCGUCGGCUUUGCUCGAUUUGACUCUCGCGAGAUCUGCGACGAGAUCGUUCGCAAGUUCAACGGCAUCGGCAUUGGUGAAGAGGGUCUUCCAAUGAACAUUCGCUAUGCCGAUACUCCAGCUCAGAAAGAGCUCAAACGAGUUACCGCUGAACGUCGUCAGUUCCGCACCAAUGAGUACAAUAUUGGCGCCUACGGCACUCCGCUUGUUGGCCUGAACCCUGCUCUGUACAACCAGCAAGCCCACUGGCGACGCAAUCUACCCCAGUCCCGAAGGUUUGCUUCUGGUGGUUGCGGGUGCCCCGUGCACAGUCUGCGUAUGGAUAUAGCCGCAGCAUUUUUGCUAAGUUCUAACUCUUUCGGUAGGGCGACCACGAGCGCGGACGCUACGAUUUCGACUCCCACCACGUCUGAGUGCGAUGAGAGUGUCACGGUUCGAGCGGACCCAGCCGUCGUCGCCGCCGCCGGCAAAGAGAACAUCCAGCUGUCUCCCUCGGUCAAGAAGGAGGCCUCGAAGAAGGACUCGCAGUGA